AUGGUCAUCACUUCUUCACAUCAAUUUGCCAUUGAUCAUCUCGUAGCAGCCUUGGGACGAGCCUUUCCAGUCAAAGACAUAGGUGCUCUUUCUCUUUUUCUUGGCAUUGAAGUUGAUCAUACUAGCAUUGGUUUAAUUAUUUCCCAUCGGAAGUACAUUAAGCAACUUCUCACCAAAAGCAAGAUGCUCUAUGCAAAGCCAAUCAUGUCUCCCAUGGCAGUCAAUCUCAAGCUCUCUAAAUUUGACUCACCUAAUUUUGAAGAUCCCACUCUUUAUCGAAGUAUUGUCGGGGGGCUCCAAUGCUUGUCCACUCUUAUUGGACUGCAGUCAAGCGUAUACUAUGCUAUCUCAAGGCAACUAUCAACCAUGGCCUACUGA